AUGGUUGAUCCAACAGCUUCGCCCAGCGGGCAACCAAGACCCUAUCGGUCCAAAAAACGGAAGCCAUGCGACGCCUGUCGUCGCCGGCGUACUGGAUGUUUAGUGGAGGAAGGCCAGCAGACGUGCUCGUUGUGCCGGCACCGUGGUCUUACUUGUACAUUUCUGUCGGCGCCACCGAAGAAGAAACGCCGGAGAUCGCUGAGCCACGAGCAGGAAUGCAGUCCAACGAGAAACACGCCAACCGAAUUGGCAGAGACGAGUAAGACAGCGGCAACCGUCAUUCCGGAUCAGACAACUGUUAUGCCCGGACAGACGUUUUUCUACUCUGGGGCUAGUGGUGAUCAGGGAGACUAUUUGCUGCGCCAUUUACCAUUUGAUGCCAAUGGUGUCUUCGGCACAAGCAACUGGACCAUCUGGAGAGCUGCGAUUAGUUUUACGCAUAAUGCAUAUUUCACGAUCUACCCAAACGUGCUCCUGGACGCAAACGGAGAUGCUUUUGAUACCAGCCAAAUACCUACUUCUGCAGCAACCUACCACCGCGAAUUGCUAGAUUUGUAUUACAGGUAUAUUCAACCAACGCUACCAAUACUAGAGACGCGAUCCGAGUUUGAGGCAGCCAUUGCUGCCAAAUCAGUGCCAGCAUCCUUGCUGGCAGCGGUUUACAGCCUAGCUGUGUUUUUCUGGGACCACAGCCCAGAGCUCCAGGGGAAGCCUCGAAUCCUCAGGACUACCCUUCAAUCAUUUGUUUACAAGUCGGUUGUAUACGAAAUUCGUAACCCUACCAUUAGGACACUCCAGGCCCUUCUUCUGUACUUACAAUUUCAACCGGACCAAAUGAGGGAACCAAAUCACCCAGGUUCAUGGGUUGUGACAGCUCAGAUCUUAGCGGACGUCCUAACUACAUUCUAUUCUCCUCAACGGUCACUGAUGACUAUGUCAAGUCCAAACGUUUUGAGUCUGGCAGAAGAAUCCACUCGGAGACUCGAGGAGUGGCGCUCUCAGCAUAUGUUCACAACGGCCGUGCAGAGUGAUAAUACCAAUUCAUAUACUUUGUCAUUCGCUUACUACGCUAUCGAAGCUUUAAUACGUGGUGCAGUUUUCGUAUCAACAGGGACAACUUUGGGUGGCCUUUCACAUGAGUCACAGUUAUUCGAUCAAAUAUUCCAUUCCCUGGAGCAAUUGCUGUCUCAAAACCCCUCUGGUCUUUGGAUAAGCUACUGCAAGGGCAGUCUAGGCAUCAUCGGGAGCUUUAUCCUUACAAUUUAUCUCUCUAGUAUUGAUGAGGCAACUAUGAAUAACCGCCAGGACGUUUUGCAGCGGUAUCGAAAGCUGUUGAAUGAUCUUUCAGUGAAAUUUGAAUUUGCAAAGCUUCCCAGCAUUAGGCUCAACCUAUUCUUUAGACGAGUCUUUCCCGAUAUGGAGGAGAUCACUAGUGAAACUGUAUCAAAUAACGUUUUAUAA